AUGCCAUCAACAGCACAAGAUAAUACAGGACAUGACAAAAAUCAAAAAAAAAUAUUAUUAUCUUCACGUGAUUGGGAAACAUUAGUUACUGGUCAUAAUGGAUUACGUAGAGAUAACACAUCGCUAUCAAAAGCUGGUGGUUCUGAUCGAAGACUUAAUUCACGUUCAGGAGAACAUACCGAUCGUACACGACGAGGACAUAGUAAUUUUGAAUCGGAUUAUUCAAGUGAAGAUGAUGAUGAAGAAGACGAUGAAAUGGUGGAACGUGCACGACCAGAUCAAAGUGAUUUACCAGCUGAAUAUUGGCAAAUUCAACGUUUAGUUAAAUAUCUUAAAGGUGGAAAUCCAACAGCAACUGUUAUCGCCUUAUCAUCAAUUCGUGAUUUUAAUUUAUCAGUUGAAACAUGUCAAAUAGCUAUUCGUGAUGUUGGUGGUCUUGAAGUACUUGUUAAUCUACUCGAAACAGAUGAUCUUGACUGCAAAAUUGGUUCAUUACAUAUUUUAAAAGAAAUUUCAAAUAAUAAAUAUAUCCGUCGAAAUAUAGCAGAUCUUGGUGGUUUACAAACAAUGGUUAAAUUACUUGAUGAACCAGAAAAAGAAGUUAAAUGUCUUGCUGCUGAAACUAUUGCUCAUGUUGCAAAAUUUAAACGAGCACGAAAAAUUGUUCGACAAAAUGGUGGUAUCAAACGAUUAGUUGGAUUAUUAGAAAAUGCUUCCGUUAAUGGUCAUGGAUCCAAUAGUGAAAAUGCUAAACAUAUUGAAAUUGCACGUGCAGGUGCAUUAGCUCUUUGGAGUUUAAGUCGAUCAAAUAAAAAUAAACAUGCUAUGGAACGUGCAGGCGUUAUUCCACUUUUGGCAAAAUUACUUAAAAGUUCAAAUGAUAAUAUGCUUAUACCUGUUGGUGGUAUUAUAGAAGAAUGUGCGACAGAUCCUGUUUAUCGUAUGGCUAUUCGUGGUAUGGUUCCAGAUCUUGUGAAAAAUUUAUUAAGUGCGAAUGAUGAUUUAAAGAAACAUUGUGCAAGUGCGAUUUUUAAAUGUGCUGAAGAUAAAGAAAUUCGUGAUCUUGUAAGAAAAUAUAUGGGUCUUCGUCCUUUACAUGAUCUUUUACAAAAAACUGAUAAUAAAGCUUUAUUAGCUGCAGCAACAGGAGCUAUUUGGAAAUGUGCAAUUUCUUCUGAAAAUAUUGCACAAUUUCAAGAAUUUCGAACACUUGAAGCACUCGUUCAAUUACUUAAUAAUCAACCAGAAGAAGUUUUAGUAAAUGUUGUUGGAGCAUUAGCUGAAUGUGCUAAAGAACCAGAUAAUCGAACAGCUAUACGUAAAGCUGGUGGAAUAUCACCAUUGAUUAAUUUACUUACAGGAACAAAUCCAGCUCUCUUAGUAAAUACAUGUAAUGCUUUACGUCAAUGUGCUGAAGAACCUGAUAGCAUACAGAUGAUUGAUCGUCUGGAUGGUGUUCGAUUAUUAUGGUCACUUUUGAAAAAUCCAGAUCCACAUGUACAAGCUGCAGCUGCAUGGGCUAUAUCACCAUGUGUAAAAAAUAUAAAAGAAUCAGGUGAAAUGGUACGAAGUUUUGUUGGUGGUCUAGAAUUAAUUGUAUCAUUAUUAAAAUCUAAAGAUGUUCAAGUAUUAGCUAGUGUAUGUGCUGCUAUAGCUGAAAUAGCUAAAGAUGAAGAAAAUUUAGCUGUUAUAACAGAUCAUGGUGUUGUUAAACUUCUUUCAAAUUUAGUAACACGACAUGAAGAUAUUCUUCGUCGUUAUUUGGCUGAAGCUAUAGCUGAAUGUUGUAAAUGGGGAAAUAAUCGACAAGCAUUCGGUGAACAUCAAGCAGUUGCUCCACUUGUUAAAUAUCUUAAAUCACCUGAUCCAAAUGUACAUCGAGCAACAGCGAAAGCAUUACAUCAAUUAUCAAAAAAUCCAACAAAUUGUGUUACAAUGCAUGAAGUUGGCGUUGUUCGAUUAUUAAUGGAAAUGGUUGGUUCAAAAGACGAUGUACUUCAAGAAAAUGCUGCGAUAUGUAUUUCAUAUAUUCGUCGAUUAGCAUUGGCCAAUGAAAAAUCAAGAAAUGGAUAA